AUGAUCGAAUCCAUUAUACCGGCCAUUGUCAACCACUGGCCCAUCGCGCUGGUGGUUGUUGCUGUGGGCUAUCUACUCAGCAAUUAUUUCAACCAUGGUCUGAACAAGUAUCCCGGACCAGUGUUGGCGAGGUUUACGGAUUGGUGGAGGUUCUUUGACGUAUGCGGGCGACGACCAGAUAUUACGCAUCUCAAAUUGCACCGCAAGCAUGGAGAUGUUGUUAGACUUGGACCGAACACCCUCUCAUUCGCGAGCCCCAAGGCGUUGAAGACCAUCUACGGCCUGAACAAGGGCUUUGUCAAGUCUGGAUUCUAUCCGGUCCAGAUGGGCGUCAGCAAGGGCAAGCGAUUGCCUUCCCUAUUCUCCACCACUGACGAGUCGUACCAUGCAAACCUGCGCAGAUCCGUCAACAAUGCAUUCGCAAUGAGCCAACUGGUUCAGUAUGAGCCCGGCGUCACUGAGUGUAUUGAGGUCUUUCUGGACCAGACGGAGAAACUCUUCGCUAGGCCAGACAAGGUCUGUGAUUUCGCAGAGUGGCUUCAAUAUUUUGCGUUCGAUGUCAUUGGAUACAUUACGUACAGCAAGCGCCAUGGCUUCUUAGAGAGAAAUGAGGAUGUCGACGGCAUGAUUGCAUACCUCGGGCGGCUAUUCUCCUAUGUGGCACCGGUUGGACAAAUGCCAUGGCUCGACCUUCUAUUUUUGAAAAACCCACUCGUUCUCUUGCUUGACCGACUUGGAGUCAAGCUCUUCGCAUUUCCCAUCGCCACAUUUGCCGUUCAACGAAUGCAGGAGAGGCUAUCUGAGAUGGAGGCGCAGGGCAUUGAGAAAGGGACGGAAAGGCCGGAUCUUCUGUCGAUGUUCCUGAAGGCGCAAAACGACCGACCAGAGUUCAUGACCGACCAGAGAGUCCUGACCAUGGCGGUGUCGAUGGCGUUCGCGGGGUCCGAGACCACCGCUAUCAGCUUGGCGGCUGUGUUCUAUUAUCUCCUCCGCAAUCCACGGUGCUAUGACAAACUGAUGCAAGAAUUGAAUGAAGCUGUCGAGGAGGGGAGAAUUGCGGAUAGACCCACAGGAACGAUCACUUGGACCGAAUCUCAACAACUUCCUUACCUUGACGCCUGCAUCAAAGAAGCGUUCAGAAUGCACCCAGCCGCAGGAUUGCCCCUGGAAAGAGUUACCCCUCCGCAAGGGAUCGAAAUCGACGGCCACUUCGUCCCCGGCGGGACGAUUGUCGGUUGCAAUGCGUGGGUUAUCCACAAACGCGAAGAUGUCUUUGGGUCCCAGAUCGACAGCUACAUUCCUGAGAGGUGGCUCGAUGUUGGCAAAGAGCAAUUGAAGGAAAUGAACGGCACCCUGUUCCAGUUCGGAGCCGGUUCUAGAACCUGUAUUGGAAAGAAUAUCAGCUUGCUGGAGAUGUACAAGCUAAUCCCGGCAUUUCUACGUCGAUUUGAGGUACGUUUCGAUGACCCCAACAAAGACUGGAAACUGCACAACGCCUGGUUUGUCAAAGAGCACGACUUCUAUUGCCGCUUCAAGCCACGAAAACUGCAAUGA